AUGGCCUUUUCGAGUGCCGUCACAGCAGUCCAUUCUCGACAAGCAACCGUGCAAGCGCUCAAUGACUAUGGCACAGCACUCAAAUGCAUGAGAAACAGCUUCAUUGACGAUCCGUCCCAAGUCAGCAAGACGGAGACGCUCUGUGGCGUAUAUCUUCUCCUAUUGUCUCAGAACUUCCUCAGUGGACUCAAUGAUGAGUGCUUGGUCCAUCUUCAGGGGCUAUUGUAUAUUUUGGACAGUCAAGAAGCCCGAAAUGACCAAGACCCCUUCAGCUCACAAAUCUUUGACUUGGCAUCGAUCAUAGCGAUCACGGAGUGCGUCAUUGACCCCAGAGUGCACUUCAAACCAUGGCGCACUGAUUUGAGGAAAACAUCAUACUACGGACCGCUAAAUAACUAUUCUGUGGUCGACAUCAGGUCAACAAAUUUGACCGUGGCAAACCUCAUAGACCUGCCCGUGUUUCUCCAAGAACCUGAAUACCACCUAAUUGAAUUGCGUACUUCUUACGACCUAAUGAGAGUCGAGGCGGGAAAAAUUGUUCCAAUCACCAUGCGGCUGCAUGAAGCAUGUGCAACAAGCCUCGACAUGGAUUACUACAAGGGCUAUACCAUUUGCGAGUCCUCUGUCUGCGUUCUACACGCGCUUAUGGCCAUUAUUCGGAAGACUCUUCAGGUCUUCCACCCUUGCGACAGUACUCUUGAAGAACACGAAGAGGCUGCAGCCAAUGUGGUUCUCGCGUCAGCGACAAGAGCCUGGAAUUUCCGUCCGCUAGGCACUACAUUCAUGCCUAAGACCUUGUGUCUGAUAUGGGCAACUACAGAUGAUCCCAACGUCAAGACUAAAGUGGAAGAUAUGAUUGAAAGCUAUCGGGAUGAAUUUAGGGGAGACAGUUGGACCAAGCUCGCCCUUUUUUUCGUGCAAAGAUUCGAAAGACUACGCAAGCGAGUGCAGAAACCUAUGCCUCAUCAUCCUGGACAAGAUGCGACCAGUCCCGGAUCGACAAAUGCUGAAUCUGAAAGCGUUGAAGUUUAG